GCUUUAAUCCAGAGGAAAAUGACUUAUUCUAAAAAGCAGUGAAAAACACCGCAUUCCUUUGGCACAGGAUGAAGACCAGCUCAGCUCUUCAGCCGUUGAUCAUUGUCUAUUGUUCUCUAAACAGUAAACCACUAUUUCACACGAGAUUGUCGGCUGCAGUGAUAUUCCAAGUCCCUGGCUCCUCAUGAAUAUGAAGUGAAGGGCUCUGACCCAGAAAGUGGUUCUAAGCAGGGCAAAAUGGGGUCUCGGAAGUGUGGAGGCUGCCUAAGUUGUCUGCUGAUUCCACUUGCACUCUGGAGUAUAAUUGUGAAUAUAUUACUGUAUUUCCCAAACGGGCAAACUUCCUAUGCUACCAGCAAUAAACUCACCAACUACGUGUGGUAUUUUGAAGGGAUUUGUUUCUCAGGUGUCAUGAUGCUUAUAGUAGCAGCAGUUCUUCUUGUACUGGAGAAUGAUAACAACUACAAAUGUUGCCAGAGUGAAAACUGCAGCAAAAAAUACAUGACGCUGCUGUCAAUUAUCUUUUCCGCCCUUGGAAUUGCUUUUUCUGGAUACUGCCUGGUCAUAUCUGCUUUGGGUCUUGUCCAAGGCCCAUAUUGCCACACCCUCAAUGGCUGGGAGUAUGCCUUUGAAGGCACUGCAGGACGUUUCCUUACAGAUUCCAGCAUGUGGAAUCAGUGCCUGGAACCUGCACAUGUAGUAGAGUGGAACAUCAUUUUAUUUUCCAUUCUCAUAACCCUCAGCGGGCUUCAAGUGAUCAUCUGCCUCAUCAGAGUCAUCAUUCUGUUAUCCAAGAUACUGUGUGGAAGCUAUUCAGUCAUCAUCCAGCCUGGAAUCAUUUGAAUAAAGACAAAACUAUUUUCCAUUAUCAAGAUAUGGCAACCUAUCUAAGUCUUAUAUCAACUGUAUAGAGUCAAGGGCAAUUUUCAAAUGAUGGUGUUUUCCUCAUUUAGUUUAUUGUAGCAUUUGUGAAAUUUGCAGUCCUCACUGGAAGUUCAAAUUAUGCCACCCUCCUAUUUAGAAUUUUUUUCCUAAGCAAUAUGUAUCAGGAAUUUCAGAAAUGUGUAUACCCUUAAUCAAACAAAUCCACUUCCAAGAAUCUAUGCUAUAGGAAUAAAUAAGAAUAUAAGAUAAAACUUUCUGCAAAUAUGUAUAUUGGAACAUUGUUUACUAUUCUGGAAAAUUAGAAAUACCUCAAAAGGCUAGCUUUAGAGGAAGAAUUAAAUAAAAGUGGUAUAUACUGUAAAUGCUUUCUGAUAUAAAAAAUAAAAUAAAAUAGUGGCACAUUAGUUAUAAAAUUAUACAGUCAUUACUAAUGAUGUUUGAAAGAUUAUGAAUAAUGCUAUGUAAAAAGCAGACUACAAAUUUAUGUUUACAGUAUGAGUAAAACUAUUUAAAACAAACACCAAAUACUCAAACUUUAGGAUAAAAACUACAUUUAGAAGGAAAUACAUCAAAAUGUCAACCGUGGUUGAUUUGGGUCAUAGAUGACCCCUCUUCCUACUUUUGUAUAUUUUCCAAGUUUUCUUUAUUGAAUAUAUUUUACCAUAACUAUUUUUUAAAACUCAUAUUUUUACUAUUAAAAAUUUUCUAUUUUUCAAAACUUUAAAGGCAUAUGCUCUUACCACAUUUCCCAACAUUGAGUAUAUGUAAACAUUAUGAAAUCACAUUUCAAUCAAUGUUCAAUGUGGAAAGUAGUGAUAUAGAUAAGCCAAAAAGAGUUUUAUGUAAACUUAUAUAAUCUAAACUUUUGGUCUUACUUUCUCACUGCUGGUGAUGAGUGUGGUGGACUAGAAGAGUGUGGUGGACUUAAUGUAAAUGAGCAGCUGGAGACAUACUCAAUGGGCUAGAGAAAAUUACCAUUGACCAGUUAAUACCUAGUGUAUAGGUGUCAUGGUGAGUUAUCAGUACCUAUAUUUAUAAAAAUAAAAAGUUAAAAUGUAGAACCUUUACAAACUUUCCACCAUACAUAGCACAAUUUCGUUUAGGACAGCAGCCAUGUCUUAUAUUUUUCUAUCAUCCAUAGGGCCUAGCACACAGUGGACCCAGUAGGCACUCAAUGGUGAACACUUGUGCCAGGCCCUCUGCUCUCUGCAGUUGCUCUGUCUCCAUCACAGGUCCACUGGGCCACAACACUUCUGCCACUUCCCCAUUGCUCUCAUCCAAGGACACUGCCAACUAGGUUUUGUCAACACUUGCUCUGUGCCAAAGCCAGACAGUAGACUCAAGGGAAGUGGGGGAGAAUGCCUCUCUCCCUGGUGCCUGCUGUGCCAACCGCCCCCUUUAAUGCAAGCUGCCCUGUCCACACCCUUUGCUCAGGGAGCAUGUUGAAAACAAGCCAUGUUGUAUAACACAUGAUUCCCAAUCCCUGGAACCAGCUGACUAAACUGGGACAGGCCCCAGGACCACAGGUAGCCUAUUAUCUUGCUAGUAGCCUCCGACUUAGUUGGGAGUGAAACACUGUCCAAACAAGAUUGGCAGUUAUUCUGGCUUGAGAAUUUGAGCUAAGGAGCCAAGACUGAAGCAACCCCAGCAUUGCUAUCAGAAAAAUGAUUAAAGAUGAAGAAGGAAAUCAAUAUAGUAAUGGUGUCAACUUAAAAGAAAGACACAGGAUCUUCUGCUCUGGGGGGUUCCUAAAACUGCCUUUGUCCACAAUGAACAGUGAAAACGUACAUGAGGUCUGGCUUCUGUUCUUGGGUUCCUGAAUAGUCUUUCUUCCUUAUCACUGUGUGGAUCAUUUCAGUAAACCCCAUCACUCAAUCAGUGCAUCUCUGUUCAUUGCAACCCAAAUGACCCAACCAAACUCUCCCCUUUCCAGAUGUGUUGGAAGGAUCCUAAGACAGAGAUGCUCAGGCUUCAUUCAUUAAAUCUUCUUUUAAAACUCUCACUCAUAACACUCCAUUUUACAAAGAACUUAGACAUGAGGUCUGUAGGAGAUAAACCCAAGCUGCAAAUACCAUGCUAUCCUCAGAGUGGCCCCCACCUCACAGUCCAGAGUGUCUCACUCUUAAAGCCCAUAUGCUCAUCAUGUCCAGCACCCUCUUUUUUUAGGUUGUCCCAAAGAAUCCUCAGCCCUUUUGUAAAUGGACUUUUGGCAGAUCAACCCCACCAGUUUGUCAGACAGACACAUUCAGACUCUCUAAACUCUUAGCAAGUAUUGUGUUGACUAUGAAUAGAUGCCAGCUGAAUGACUCCAGUGCAGCACUGGAAACAUUGUCUAACAACAGGGCUACAGCUGAAUGUACUAUUAUAUCUCUAUCAGUAAAAUCAAAUUUUAACACAGCCACAAAAAAUUCUAUAUUUGAAGAGUAAUAUGCUAAUGAUGCAAUUUUAGGUAAAAAAGCUGAAUAUAAAUAUAUGUGUGCAGGUUGAGCCUAAAUUUUUAAGUAACCAUAUAAUUACAUGUAGACAUGUACAAAUCUUCAGAUACAUAGACAAAGCACUGGAAAAAUAUUUAACUGUUAAUAUUAAUAAUUAUCCCCUGAUGAUGGGAUUAUAAGUUAUAUUUCUUUUCUUUACAUUGUUCAAUAUUUUCAAAAUUUCCUUUGAAAAUGUGUUAUGUCCUUGAAUUUUUUAAAAAAAUAAAUGCCAUUUAAAAAGCAA